AGUUGAGUUGAUACACAACCCGGUAAAUUUGCAGUUCAUUUUAUUGGGAUUGCAUUUUUUAUUAAAUUGUUUAAUUAAAGCACAGCCUAUAUACUUCUAGUUUACAACUUUAAUCAAUAGAUAAUGACUACUAAAUGGCACAAAUUACUUUGCAAGAAAGAUCAACUGCAGUUAUUGGGUACUUUAAAUGGAGGACAAAGUUUUAGGUGGAAACAAAUCCCAGAGAACCAAUGGCUAGGCAUUUUUUCUAAAAAAGUGUGGAUUUUAAAAGAAGCAACUGACGCGAUUCUCUAUCAAGUACAUGCACCCAACUCAACAAAAACAUCACCCAAAAAAUGUAAUGAGGAAUUGAGCAACUAUUUACAUUUAGAUGUUGAUUUGUCCGAAUAUUAUCCUAAAUGGAGUGAGAAGGAUCCUAAUUUUAAAGAUGCAGCUGAACAGUUUUACGGUAUCAGGAUUUUAAGACAGGAUGUUGUUGAGAAUAUUUUUUCAUUUAUUUGUUCCCAAAAUAAUCACAUUUCAAGGAUUACCAGUAUGGUGGAAAAACUAGCUGAAUACUAUGGUGAAAAAAUUUGCGAUAUUAAUGGCAUAACGUAUUACAGUUUUCCUGACGUAGAAAAGUUAGCAGCUGAUGGAGUAGAGCAACACCUACGAAACAACGGUUUUGGAUAUCGAGCAAAAUACAUCAGUAAUUCUGCAAAGUUAAUUGCUGAUGGGGGCGGAAACAAAUGGAUCAAUGAAUUACAGGAAAUGAAAUAUGAGGACGCCAAGAAAAACUUGAUGACUUUAAUGGGUAUUGGUGCCAAGGUGGCUGAUUGUAUCUGUUUAAUGUCUCUGGGUCAUUUGCAAGCAAUUCCAGUAGAUACGCAUAUUUAUCAAAUAGCUGCUAGACUUUACAUGCCUAAACUGGGAAAACAAAAAACUGUUACAGAAAAAAUUUAUAACGAAAUUGGUGAAUUUUUUAGAGAUUUGUAUGGUCCUUUGGCAGGGUGGGCUCAUACUGUAUUAUUUUGUGCAGAUCUAAAAAAGUUUCAAGAUAAUAAAGUAGAGACUGCAAAGACAUCAAAACAUAAAAAACAGGAUAGCAAAACAAAGAUAAACUCAAAAAAACUGAAAACAUGAUUUUUCAAUCAAUCAUUGUAAGAAAAAAAAAAAUUUAAAUUAAGUAUAGGGUUUAUUUUUAAUUAAACAAUAUUUUUAUGUGAUUUAGUCUUUUUUUUGAUGAUUCAAAGACAAAAAAUAACCCCACUGUACUUGCACUACAACUCGAAUUAUGUUC